GAAAUCUUUCUGGAAAACUUCGCAGUUGGAAACAGGCAGAAGAGAAAAAGAAGGUCAAAUCGCCGUCACGUACACCCAGCUAAAGAUUUUUCACUUGAAUCGCAUCUUGAAGAAUUAAAAAUGUCUCAAACGUCGACUUUACGAACUGUGCGCGUCAGCCGAGUGCAGCUGGGCACCGGCGAGACGUGCGAAAAUCUGAAAAACUGGCUGAUGAACUCGGAAACGAGUUGCCCGGAGGCCGCGGCCCGGGCGUCGAACCCGGCUCUGGUGGAGCCGGAGGGCCGGUACGUGCUCAAGGUGUGGACGCAGGGCCGGGAAAAGGUGAUGAUCAACAUCUGCACCGAGGCCCAGGGCCUGCUCGAGCCCAGGGCCAAGCGCGGCUCCCUCUUCCUGCCCCACUCGGUCAGCAAACCGCGGCAGGACGUUGACCUGAAGAAGCAACCUUGCCUGGUGGUCGACGUCACCUUCGGCCAGGGCGCCGUCGCCCUGGCCGAGCAGUCGGACCUCUUCAGGCACCACCUGCACCAGGCCGCCCUGAACGCGUCGCAAACCGCCCUCGGCGUGACCCUGCAGAGGGACCGAGUGGCCACCCCGAAGCUGCAGUGCAAGGGCGACCCCGAGGACUUCAGGAUCGCCGAGUCUGGCGAUUUCACCCGAGUCGAGAUGACCGACGAGGCCACGGUCACCAAUGUCAGCGUCGUUUUGCCUGUCAACCCUGCCGAGCACCGGGUCAAGUACAGCUUGACCCGCGAGUACCUCGAGGUUGAUUUAAAAAGUCACUCUUUGGUUUUGCACUUGCCGAGCAAAGUACAAGGCUUGAAGGAAGAGCCCCUUCUGCAGACGAGUCGGCCCGAGUUGAACUUUCGAUUACUGAAAACAGUCAACAAAGCUGCCAAAGCUGGUUUCUUCCUGGUCAACCAGCCUGUGUCCAGCGUCGAGGACCAGGUUUCGCAGAAAAUUGACAUGAUGGACAUUGGAAGCAGUGGAGGCUCUGACGAGGAAAAGGUUGUCACCCAGGAACAAGAGCUCUUUAUCAGCAGAAGUCAAAAUAACAACACAGAACUGAAAAGUGAACCCAGUGAUACGCUGGACAAUCAGAGUUUAGAGGAGAGAAGUCAACAGAGACUUGCAAACAUCAAUAAGAGGCAGCUCCGAAUUAUGGCAGCAAAAACCAGGUCGAUAUCUGAAUCCAGUGAUGAUUGGUCCAUGUGUCACAGUCCUUGCAAAGGCAUACUGAAGAGCAGCUUUUCAAUUUCUGGUGAUUUGGCUGCGAGCUACGAACUGAGUGACCUGAAUGAAGAGACGAGCAGAGAAAUUGAUCCUGUUAACUCCGUAAAAAAGUCUGUAUCCUUCAGUGAUGUCAUCUCGAAGCAGCUGUUUAGAGCUGACUCGAGCAUCUUGGGCCAGAGGAAAAAGAACCAGCGCAAGGCUCGCAACAAGAGGAAAGCGACCCAGCGCAAAAGCCAAACCUCGGAGAGCGAGGAUGUCAACUCGGAGGCCGAAGCUGGCACCCCGAAGGAGGGCCAGGAUAUGAUGUUUGACAUUGAUAUGUAAAUGUGAUCCCACUAGUGAUACUCCCGAUACUGCAUUUUAAGAAUCCCAAGCCGUAUUUUUGCACAAUCCUUCUUCUGCCGAAUAAUUUUUGCCAACCUUUUACCUUAUUCAAAACUUAUCGAACUGCCACUUGGCCAUUUUUGGCAAUUUUAACCCUGUUCUGUUUUUUUU